CUGGGCAGGUCCUGUGCCACGGCUGCCUGGCUCCCUGCACUCCAAUCUGUCUAGCUCAGUGCGCCCUGACCGGACACGGGCCUCGGUGCUCAGUGCUCGGGGUUUCUCUCUCAGGACCUAAGGGCAAGGAGCAGAGCCCAGGCCUCAAGAGCCAAAGCCAGGGGCUGCGAGUUCCCAGGAGCGAGGCUGGUGUGGCCUGGAUGAGGCACAGAGAUGGGGAAGAAACUGGACCUCUCCAAGCUCACAGAUGAGGAGGCCAAGCAUGUAUGGGCCGUGCUUCAGCGGGACUUUGACCUCCGGAGAAGAGAAGAAGAAAGGCUUGAGGAACUGAAGGGCAAGAUACAGAAGGAGAGCUCGAAGAGAGAGCUGCUGUCGGACACAGCCCACCUGAAUGAGACCCACUGUGCCCGCUGCCUGCAGCCCUACCGGCUCCUGGUGAACAGCAGACGGCAGUGCCGAGAGUGUGGCCUCUUCGUCUGCAAAAGCUGCAGCCACGUCCACCCAGAAGAGCAGGGCUGGCUCUGUGACCCCUGCCACUUGGCCAGAGUCGUGAAGAUUGGCUCGCUGGAGUGGUACUACCAGCACGUGAGAGCACGGUUCAAGCGCUUCGGGAGUGCCAAAGUGAUCCGGUCCCUCUGUGGGCGGCUGCAGGGCGGAGGUGGAUCUGAGACAAGCUUGGGGGAAGGCAGUGGAGACAGUGAACAGACGGAUGAGGAUGGAGACCUGGAUGUGGAGGCCCAGGCACAGCCCCUUAACAGCAAAAAGAAAAAGCGCCUGCUCUCCUUCAGUGAUGUGGACUUCGAGGAAGACCCAGAGCACGCGAUGCAGCCCUGCAGCCAUACCCUGGGCCUGUCCACAGUCCCUGAGUCUGCACACAGCCUGCAGUCCCUCUCAGGGGAGCCCUGCUCUGAGGAUACCACCUCCCUGGAGCCUGAGGGCCUGGAGGAUACCGAUGCAGGGCCCCUGGGGUGUCACCCCAGUCCAGAAGAGCAGCCACACAUCCCCUUGCCCUCCAGAGAGGAUGCCCACACUGGCCUGGACCUGCCCGGAGCAUCCUGUAAGAGGGCCCUAGGGACCACAGCUAUGCCUGGGAUAGAUAAUGUCAAAGGUAAACAGCCCCCCUCACAGUACCUGGCUGACGUGGACACCUCUGACGAAGACAGUCUCCGGGAUCCCAGGGCAGCCUCCCAGCAUUCCAAGAGGAAGGCCCGGGCAGCGCCUGACACUCAGAUCUUGGAGCUGAACAAGCGCAUGUCAGCUGUGGAGCAUCUGCUGGUCCACCUGGAGAAUGUAGUCCUGCCGCCCUCGGCCCAGGAACCAGCUGUGGAAUCACACUCCAGUGCAGACACAGAGGAGGAGGCUCUCAGGAAGAGGCUGGAGGAACUGACCAGCAACAUCAGUGAUCCCGGCACCUCAUCAGAAGACGAGGUCAAGCCAGGUGGCACCCUCCAUGCGGUAUCCCCAGAGGUGUGUGCAGACACGGGACCCCUGGAGACACAGGGAAAGAGCCCUCAGGGCCCCAAGAACCCUACUCGGACUACAAAGAGCACAGAUGAGGAACUGUCGGAGAUGGAGGACAGAGUGGCCCUGACAGCCUCUGAAGUUCAGCAGUCUGAGAGCGAGGUCUCAGACAUCGAGUCCAGGAUUGCAGCCCUGAGGGCAGCGGGGCUCACUGUGAAACCCUCAGGAAAACCCCGGAGGAAGUCAAACAUCCCGAUCUUUCUUCCCCGGGUGACUGAGAGACUUGACAGGAUCCCAAAGGAUCCAUCUGCAGACCCUGAGGACCAAGCCAACGUGCCCAAGGUGACAGCCGUGCCCUGUCUCCAGAGGAGGAAGUAUUCACCCAGCGGUCAAGGCAUAGAUGGUGGUUCUUUUGAUCGGAAAUCAGUGUACCGUGGCUCUCUGACACAGAGGAACCCCAACGGGAGGAGAGGGACGGCCAGCCACAUCUUCGCGAAACCCGUGAUGGCCCAGCAGCCCUAAAAGGAGACACACAGACACAGAAGAGCACCACAAAGCACCCCACACUGUUUCUUCCACACAGUCAUCGCAUCCCCACGGGCUCUGUGCCUCCUGAUGCUCACGGUUGCUUAUAAUCACCAUCCCAGUGAGAAAUAAGAAGAACUUCCUGUGCGGGUCCACUUGGGAGACAGCAAGUUCUCAGACUUCCGGCUGUCACCGAGCCACUGGCCAGAGCCAGGGCGCCUGCCAGCCUCUGACCCAGGAGAUACAAGCUGACGUGAUUUUAUCCUCGGAUGAUGCUCUCUAUCAGGACACCUAGAUCCCCUUUUGCUGUGAUCCUUUAGCCUGUCUCUUGGCUUUGUUGAGCCACAUUCACAGACAGAAUGGAGGCCCUGAGCAUGUUCGCGUUCCUAACUGCGAGGGAGAGAGACAGAUGCAAGAGUGUCUGUGGGUAUGAUGGGAGAGUGCACAGUUACAGAGAGUGAGUGAGGAGGGCUAGAUUCCUCACACCCCACACACACACAGACAUUGUUCUUCAAAUCUCCUUGUGGGUCACAGACAGGAGCCAUAACGCUGACCCCCACCCCAGAGUUUCUGCCGCCAUAACCACCAACUGCAGGACAACAUUGAGGCCAAGCCUCUAACACAGGCUUUUGGGGUGCACUACAUAGGGACCUCACUUUCAAGACAGCUCAUGCUUUAAACUUAGGUUUGUAGCUCACACAAAUGACGGCUUUGGAAUUUGUCAGAAUUUAGGUUCUCCAAACCAAGUGCAUCAGAACCAAUCUUGCUCAUGAUUGCCUAGUCUGCUCUUCACAGCCUUCCUGCCACUCCAGGGAGGCAGUCUCCUACUCCCAGGGCUGCCUCUUCCCAUCGGCUUGUGUCAUGUCCCAGGAGUCCAGAGAACACCCAGGCCAGGGCCACAAACAGCCUAGGGUACUCUGAGAAUGAACUUCAGAAAGGAACCUCCCACCGGUUCAGAGACCCACAUCUCAGGAGUCCCACGUUCGUGUCCCGUGUCCUCCUAGCAAAGUACCGCAAACUAAGCCAGCCACAGCCACAGGAGAUGUGCCCUCCUGAGUUUCAGAGGACAAAAGUCCGAUUGAGGUGUCCGUGGGAUCUGCAGUUCAGAGGGGUAGGUGCCUCUUCCUCCUCCUGGGACUGCCGCCAUCCCAGUCUACCUUGACAUCAGUCCCCAUCCCCACCUUCAUGGCCCCUUGCCUUGUGUGGUUCUGAACGGCUGCCCUCUUGCCAGGACACCAUGUGUUGUGUGUAGGGCCACCUUUUCCCGGUAUGCUUGCCUCAGUUUACCCAGGGUGCUCGCCUCAGUCAACACACUUCCAAAGACCCUAUUUCCAUAGAUGACUGUCUCCUGAAGUUCUAUGUGGCUGUGAACUGGGGAAAGACUGUCUGACCCACUACAGAGCAUGAGAGCUCAAAGACUUCAAAGCUUUGCAGUGCACCCCCAAACAGUGGGGUCCCCAUCGCUGCUGAAAGCUAGAGGAAGACCAAGAGGUGGGGCCUUGGCCAGGGCGUCCUGUUCAAAUGGGGCUCCCUUUACUGCAAGGAGCAGAAAUCCAUUUAAGUACGAGUGUGGGGAAAGACACGGAGCUUUCUCCUGCAGCCCAGAGACACAAGCCGUCCAGCUUCAGGGUGUCAAGGGGGGGGCGCACCCUCACAGCCUCUGCCUCUCCCUCUCCACAUGCCCCCCCUCUUCAUUUUGUCAACUGUCCAGAAUUCCAGCCAAUGUCCCAUAGUCACGGUCCCUUCAGCUACAACCCUGUGAUUGUUCCCCUCUGACAGCCGCAGCUCACUAGACCAGACCCAGGGCAGCUACUUAGGGCUAUGUGCGGCCUCAGUGCUGGUCACCUCGAGCAGGCCUAUGCUGGAUGACGAAGCCCUCUGCUGUGCCCAAAGCUGAUUCAACAGUCCUUGCUUGGUUCUCCUGUCCUGGGAUCCACGGCCCAUCAAUAAGAUGUGGGAAAAGCUCCUUGAUCUCUGUGGUCAAACCCUCCAGGCAUCCCACUUCUCGGCUCUGAGGUACCCGGGCCAGGCCCACAGCUGGGGUUCUGUGGAGUACUGCAAGAGCAGCACACAAGAGCAGCCCAGGCCACACUUGCCCUGCGCUUUGCCACCUGCCGUUGGAACAUCGCCAGCCGUCCAGAGCGUCCCUCAAUCCCACAGAUCCUUGGCCUGGUGCCAUCAAGUAUGGGGUGAGGAGGGGACUGGAGACUGGGAGAGGGAUACUAUGUUCAUACUACACUUUGAUAAAGCUACUCUGCUAAAAAACCCAUGAUCCCAGACACACACAUACACACACAGAGACAGACAGACGACAGACAGACAGACAGACAGACAGACAGACCCAGACCCACAAUGAUGUUCAGGACACUCACUCCCCCUCCCAAGGUCUCACAGCAGUCCCCUUGGGCCCUAUGACUGAGUAUGCAUCCGGGGAAAUCUCCCACAAGACCCACCCCCGGGACAGGAGCAUGUCCCACCAUGACUGUUCUCACCGCGGUGGGAGGCUGGGCUGACAUCAAUGCUUAUGCCUGAGCUAUCCACAGAUGGAACCGAGGCACCAAGCAAAUGUUUAAAGCUCCCCGUGACCCUAAUCUACAGGCUAUGCCAUCCUCCUAGAGUUCCUUACCAUACCCACCUCCUACCACAUCUCCCAAUGAGCCCUCCUCUGCCAAGGAAGAGGCAGCCAUGCCUUGAGAACACGGAUGUUGCAUUGACCAAGUCCCCAAAGGGUGAAGUGGCAGCCUGAAGCUUUUUCUACACAUCUGAUGGAGGCCAGGAAAUGAUGAUCCCAGGGAGUCCGCCUGCUUUGUCUCUUCUCACGCAUAGUUCCUUGAAGAAUGUUCUAUUCCACUUAAAUGACAUUUCAUAUAAUCUGUAACUAUUGACAAGGUGGUGAUGGGUCCAAGUUAAAUGACAGAAUGCUACAUAGUUAUUUUCAACAGCAUAGAUCUACAGGUACUUUAACAAUUCCAGGCUGUGAUGGUAAGAAGAAUGAGGCUCAGCACCUGUGAACAGGAUGAGUCAACCCAGCAGGUGCAGGGAACUCACCAGAAGGCACACCCGGAGUGAAAACACUAGCCUUUGCACAUUAUCUGGGCUCUUUUCUCUAUUUUUAAGUGCACUAAUUUUUUUCUCAUUACUUGUAAAUUGCUUUUACAGCAAAAUAAACUUGCUUUUUAGAA